GGAUAGUCCAUGACAUCACACCCAGUAGCGAUCUCUCCGCAGUGUGGAAAUAGUUGAAGAGCGCACGCAGUUCAAACCACAAAACACAUUUUUAGCUAAGCGAGAAAUAUACAUUUGUGAGUUUCUUGUCAGCAUCGCUUGGACAUGAUUUGUGUUAUUUUUAACAGGCUCUGAAAGACGCGCAGUCCGCGAAGGACGUUUGAAAACGGACUUCUGAUUAGUUCACGAUUAAGUUCAAACCGGAAAAGACACGGAUAGAGGUUGUUUUUAUCAACGAAAUAAGAUUCAUUUAAAUCAGAGCACAGGCAGCAUGGCGAGAGAAGACGCUCGAAAUUGGCAUGAUUUCACAAAAAUGAUCGGACUGUUCAGCGUGGUCACGUUGCUGAUUUUUCAAGGGGCGGUGUCUCAGCGGGUGAAGGUGGAACCGGAAGUGAUGUCCUACCCCAGCCAGGCGGUCAACCUGAGGUGUGCCUUCACAGACGCUGGAGGGAUACAGCUCACACAGGUGUCCUGGAUCUAUGAGCCGAAGGAGGGCGAGCGGCUCAACAUCGCCGUGUACCACCCUAACUUUGGGGCAAGUUACCCCACAUCGCCCCUGAAGGGGCGGGUCCGCUUCACGACGGAGCCCCCCUCCCUCAGCAACCCCUCCAUCCAGAUCUCAGACGUCAAGAUGACUGACGAGGGGAAAUACAUCUGUGAAUACGCCACCUACCCCAGUGGCAACGAACAGGGUGUCACCUCCCUCGUCAUGCUAGCCAAACCCAGGAACUCUGCCUCCGGGGUAACAGUGAUAGCCUCCACUGUCGCCACGGGAGCCCAGCCAGUUGUCGUGGCCCGCUGUGAGUCGGCCGACGGUCGUCCUGCUGCCCAGAUCGCAUGGGUGACAGCUGUCAACGGCAACGCUACCUCCGCCUCUACGGCGGGCGCUGACAACACCGUGACGGUAUCCAGCCAGUACAUGCUGGUUCCCACAGCAGCAGACAACGGCAAAGACAUCAGCUGUUUGGUGUCCCAUCGAACCCAGGCCAAGCCUGAGAGCUUCCUGAUGAACCUGGCCAUCGAAUACCCCCCACAGGUGACCAUCCUGGGCUAUGAUAAUAACUGGUAUGUGGGUCGGACCAACGUGGCUCUGACCUGUCAGGCUACAGCCAACCCCGUCCCUACCACCAUCGCAUGGAAAACUAUGUCCGGUCAGAUGCCAGACACAGUGCAGGUAAAAGAAAAUGUGCUGACCGUGCUAAAGGUGGACGAGCAGAUCAACACAACCUUCGUCUGCGAGGUCAAGAACCGCCUGGGCACCGGCAAGGACCAGGUCACUGUUAUGGUCCGAGAACCCUCUGUGGUCCCCUCCAACGCGGCCGUGGUGGCAGGUGCUGUGAUUGGCUCCCUUCUGGCCCUCCUCCUCGUCGCCGCCCUUAUCGCCGUCCUGGUCACCCGGAGCCGCCGGCAACAGCAGGGUUACCGUGGCAACCCAAACCACAGCUCCUUCGACAUAAAGUCGCGUCUCUUCGGCUCCGGCAAGAAGGGGAGCAAGAACGGGACAGGUGCUGGCGCCGGGGGCAACGGGGUGGGCGGCAACAACAACAGCCCCAUCUACGUCUACAAGGAGGGCUCCGCCCAUGAUGGCCUGACUGACAAGGCCAAUCAACAUGUGCCGCUGCACCUGGGGGGGCAUGGUGAGGGGGGGGUUGCCACGGCGCCCACGGCGCAGGACAUCCUGCUGAGCGGUGAGCUGGACGAGGCAGAGCGAAGGAAGUUUGACCAGCUGGAGGACGACGAGGAGAGUUACGACCACUUUGGAGGGGGCGGGCCCAUCCUGCAACUACGCCCACCACAUGACCAGGACGGAAUCAUGAGCGGUUACCUUGACGACGACAUGGAGUCUCAGCGUGACGGGUCGGUCAUCUCACGGACUGCCGUGUACGUGUAGAGAGAACGGUCAGAGGAAGAGGAGGAGGAGUAAGGGAAAGCAGGAUGGAAGAAGGAAAAGAAUGAACAUGUCCUCCUUCGAGAGGAGUCUGUGGUGUUGGGUUCUCCUCUGUUGGAUCAUUUGAAAUAUAUUAACAACGACCAAACAUGCAGCCCAUAGAGAGAGCAAGAUGAAGUGGCUGAGGGAGGCAAUGUACAGAAACCAGAUGAACUGAAUGAUGUGGCUGAGGGAGGGAAUGUACAGAAACCAGAUGAACUGAAUGAUGUGGCUGAGGGAGGGAAUGUACAGAAACAAGAUGAACUGAAUGAAGUGGCUGAGGGAGGGAAUGUACAGAAACCAGAUGAACUGAAUGAUGUGGCUGAGGGAGGGAAUGUACAGAAACCAGAUGAACUGAAUGAAGUGGCGGAGGGAGGGAAUGUACAGAAACCAGAUGAACUGAAUGAAGUGGCCGAGGGAGGGAAUGUACAGAAACCAGAUGAACUGAAUGAUGUGGCUGAGGGAGGGAAUGUACAGAAACCAGAUGAACUGAAUGAUGUGGCUGAGGGAGGGAAUGUACAGAAACCAGAUGAACUGAAUGAUGUGGCUGAGGGAGGGAAUGUACAGAAACCAGAUGAACUGAAUGAAGUGGCUGAGGGAGGGAAUGUACAGAAACCAGAUGAACUGGCUGAGGGAGGGAAUGUACAGAAACCAGAUGAACUGAAUGAUGUGGCUGAGGGAGGGAAUGUACAGAAACAAGAUGGAGGACUGGUGCGUUGAUAAAACAACUAUUUUUCUCUGGUCCCAAUGUGAAAAGUGGAUCACUUGAUAUCUAUCUACCAAAACAAUGAAAGAAAUCCUGAAACUAUCUUUCUCACAUCGCUGCUCUGUCUGUUGUGUUCCUCAUUUCUUUAGUUUAGGGACCUUGGAGAUUGAAGCCUCCAGAGAGACACAUUGUAGUAGGGACUUGUGGGUAAAAUGGCAUCUCCAUGCAGCCGUUCCCUCGCUAGCUAGAGAAACUCCUCACUAAAAUAUUCACUCUUAUCUCCACUAAAUGCACAGUAGCAAUGUAAGGGGUGUCACGAUGGUAUCUGCUCCCUGCUAUUCUCGUCUCUCUCCUGUGGGACAACGUUUGUUCCGACUACAGUAGCCUUGUUUCUGCUGUAUGUGACAGUACUGGGGAAGGGAACAGGAAGUUUGGCAGGGGAAGUGGUCGAUGUAGUUGUGGUUAAGUAAAAUGUCAAACUCUCUCUAGUGUCUGUAUGUUGCAGUAGGCCGCCUCUUUCUACCUCAUUUUCUCUCUGCUAUUGUGCCACCAACUGGAAGUAUGUGCAGAAUUUAGUUUGGGACAUUCUGAAAUGAUAAACAACUUACUGAAGGAGUGGUAGUCAUCUAGAUGAAGACCGUGCAUGAAAGGGGAAUUGAUAGAGGGAUAGGAGGGAGGGAAACCAUACAGCUGUUCUCUCAUGUCCUGAGAGACGGGGAGAGAGGGAUUAGGAUGAAUUGAUAGAGGGAGAAAAGGGGACGGCUCAAACAGCAGGCUGUUCUCCCUUUCCUCCAUUUGAUCCCUCCCUCCUUGUGGUGUUCCUGACAGGAAGAGUUUGAUUGCUAAUGAGCCUGGAAGUCAAUGCUCAUUUAAGCCCACACACACGCACACAAACCAAAUUACCACCGCUUAGAUGGUAUGACGUGGUCAUUUUCUCUCCCUCCUCGCUCUCCUCUGUUCUCCCUCUCCUCCGUUCUCCUUCUCCUCCCUCCUUACCCUGUCUCUUACCUCUCUCUCCAUCACCUCUCUCCUUCUCUCCCUCACCGUCUCUCUCCUCCACCAGACUUUCUCCAUCACCUCUCUCUACCCUGUGUGUGUGUGUGUGAUUUACACAGGGCUGUGGGGAGGUCAGGGAUACAGGGAGAGCAGAGGGAGUAUUUCAUGCCUCCCUCUCUACGUGUCAAACACCCCACUUACUGUACCCCCUUCCUCCUGCCAGACCUGACUCAGAAAGCCAUGGUGGAGUCAUGCCCUGCUCACUGUACAUCUCGGCUUUCAUAGUUUAAUUAGUAAGGUUUCCUCCUAUCCCAUUGUAUAUGUUGCUCUGUCAAUCUAUACAAUCACAAGGUAUAUAGAAAUCCAAAUACAUGAUGGCAUAUUUACAUCUGUAGCUAAUUAAGAUAUAAAUGAAUUGAUUGAUUCUGUGCAUACACAGGGGGGUGAAUGACCUGUUAUAGGACCUACAUUGACUAGCAGAGGUCUGGGUAUAAUCCUUCAUGAUUCAGACCGGAGCCUGAUAGUUUAGUGACUAAUUUGUCUUUCUAACAAGACAGUCGAGGGCUGUUCAAGCCAAUAUCACCAUGUACAACUAUUAUACAUCACUAGAGGCAAACAGAUGAGCACUGGAAGGCUAUGACCAGCUGUCUUCCUGAAGAGCCUUACUUUCCUACCCUCAAUAGCCCAGAUCUGAAUCAGCCCCUUCACAACUCCUAUUUCAUGACUCCCCUGUGAUUCAUCGUGUUUCCUGGUUAAUCAGUGGGGUUUCCUUGGCCGCCCUGACCUGGUGAGGCACCUGAUUGGCCCAUUAAGCCUGGGUCUGUUUCUGAGUCACGACCAGCCAGAGGUCAUGGGGUCAAACGAUGUGCGUUUUACCGCUGAGGGCGUGGUGGGUGCCUGUGGGUCGCACCUCUAAUAGGGCACUUUAACUUUAACCCAUAGGGUUCACAGAGAAACAUACAUAUUACACACACACUCUGAUGAGAGAGCGACAUGUAUUAGUGUUCCAGGAUGACCUUGACUGUUGUGGUGGAGGUUGACCUUGGUGUGGGGGAGAGAAAGGAACAGAGAGGGGGGAGACUGGGAGGAAGGGAUGGAUACUGACCCACUGUGCGACUCGCCUAACCAUCAGCACUUGAUAACACGAUAGCCUAAGUCUGUCAAUUACAAUAGAUUGAUAGCAUUAUGGCCUCAGGCCAAAACUCUGACUUACAUACACAUUAUAGAUACAGUACACAUGCAGGGAGCAGGGCUCAACAGUCAACAUUUUACUAGCAUAUGCGCCUAAAUAUUUUGCUGUGCGACAUAGAAUUUUUAUUUUGGAUCCCCAGUGUGCUGAGAACCGUUUUGAAUUCUAGCUUCAUUACCUCAAAUAUUUUUCACUGUGCUCCUAAAUUUCUUUGUGUGCGCCUACAUGUUUCAACUUAGCCACACACGUGCUCCUAGAAAGGGUCAGCAUAAAGGCCUGUAGUGAAAUACUUAUCAUGACCACUAAGAAACACGUAUCUCCUAUCUUUGCACUUGUGUGUAACACCAAAACAGGAUAUGCCCACUAGUUAUAUUUGUAUGAAGGUGAUUAAGUGUGUCUUUGGAGAAAUAUUGAUAAUGUCCUUCGGUUUGUAAUGUGAAGGAGGAGGGAGAGAAGGGAGAAAGUUGUAUAUAUUUUUGGGUGUGAGGUAUCUGUAUAGUAUAUAUGUACGGAUCUUUAUUUUUCUUGUCAAACUCCUGUGGAAAAAAUGUGGAUAUUUAUCAGUGUAAAUAACUGCUGUAUAGAGUCAAUGUUGUCGUGUGGAACUCAUUUCCUGGUUUGGCCAAGGUCAAAGUUCAAUCGGAGCCAAUAAUACUGUACUCAAUGUAACUGCUUGAAUAGACAAACCUUCAAUGAAAAGGUGUAGGAUGUAUAAGAUGCACAUCUUCAGCUAUUAAAUACAUGUAAACAUUUUAGUUUUUCAGCCAGGAUGAUGACUGAAAUAACUGGAUUAGACAGGUUCACUAAACUCAAUCAGCAUACUUAAGAUAGCUGCCCCUUCACCCAUAAACACACACACUAUUUAUCAGAUAGAGUAGCUCCCACAGAGUCAGCGCUGUGUGUGGUUUCUGAGUCAGCGCUGUGUGUGGUUUCUGAGUCAGCGCUGUGUGUGGUUUCUGAGUCAGCGCUGUGUGUGGUUUCUGAGUCAGCGCUGUGUGUGGUUUCUGAGUCAGCGCUGUGUGUAGUUUCUGAGUCAGUGCUGUGUGUGUGGCUCAGGGGCUUUGGGACAUCUGUCACUGCCACAGGGUGUGUAACCCUAAUGUAACCUCCAUUUCCUGCCCCCUCUGUCUCUUAGCAUAGGGAGUUAGAGGAGACAUUACUGUACACUGUCCCCUGCAGCCUGAUCUCUCUCACGCUCACACACACACGCACACACAGAAAGAGGGAACUAGUAGGAGAGACACUUCCCGAACGCACACAAACACUCAGUGGUCCCAACUAAGCUCGUGGUCAGAACUCUGUCAGUAUAUUCACAGACCCUUCUGUUCCCCAGAGACUGGGAGAGAGCCACACACACACACACCUCUUGCCCAAUGUCAGGGAUUUGAAGGAGAAUGUGUGCUAAGAACACUUUAUGAGAAACAUCUGUACUGUUGCUCUCUCUCUCUGUGAGUGCUGCGUUUUACCGCUUUCCCAAAAUAAAAUACCCAAUUGGCCAAACUUGACCUCCACAGACUGGUCCCGAAAUAAAAUGCUUCUAGAAAAUCACUAUCCAACUAUGUCUUCAGUCUUUAACAACAUUUAGUUGUUUUUUGAAGUAAAUGUUUUCUGGGAAUCUACUCUUGACCUCCACUUGUACUGGUUGGCACAAAGGUUUUAAAAUAAAAAUGCUUUUAGAGAGUUGACGUAAUGUUCCUGACCUGGAGCUAACACAGUGGUAGGUUGUUAGUAGUUGUUGAUAAUCCACAUCAUUGUCCUCUGGCUCUAAACACUGAUGACUAAUCCAAGCCUUAGCUUCCUUGUCGUCUCGAUCGCUCCCCCCUGACGUGUACAUAGUAUAAAUAUAUAAAUACAGUGUCUAGCGGAAAGAAUGACUAAUUUAUGGUGUCACGUGUUCUAUUUCUCAGCGGCAAGCAUGAAGGAUUUAUUCUGUUCUGUAUCAAUGCUUAGUCCUUAUCUUUUUCUCUCUUUUUGCAGUGCUUUAUAAUUAAUGCUUUUGGAGUGCUUUAUUUCUCCACUGCUUUGCUGUGACUACUACGCCAAAACAGGCUUAAUGUGCUUUUACUGCACAAAAUGGUGCACGGUGCACACUCAACAAUCUUACCACAAAAUGUGCUUUUUAUUCACCAUUCUCUGAACUUGUUUAUUUUAUUUUUUAAAGGAACAUUUUAGAAUGUGUCACUAUUUGUCAUGUCUUUCUAUUUUUUUAUUUUUUUUUGUUGUAUUUGGUUGCAAUUAAAGUUUUCUUGAUUUUUGAAAUGA